UCCCGAGCUCACCGCGCGCCCUCGCGCACCCGGGCUCGGGCCUGGCGGACUGGGUUUCCGCCCCGCGCCCCGCGCGCCCCGUUCUAAAGUAAACACCGAGGAGCGGCGGUGGCAGGACCGGUGCAACCCAGCGCCGCCCACGGCCGCUGCUCGCUGCCUGCCUCGGUGCUGCAGGCCCGGGACCGAGCCAUGGCCGAGGGGGUGCUGGCCUCGCCGUCAAGCCUUGGGGGCAGCCGGGGCCCGCACAGCGGCGUCAUCCAGUGGUUGGUCGACAACUUCUGCAUUUGCGAAGGGUGCAGUGUCCCUCGCUGUCUCAUGUAUGAGAUUUACGUGGAGACCUGUGGGCAAAACACUGAGAACCAAGUCAACCCGGCCACCUUUGGGAGGCUUGUGAGAUUGGUUUUUCCUGACCUUGGCACCCGGAGGCUGGGCACUAGAGGAAGUGCCAGGUAUCAUUAUGAUGGGAUCUGUAUCAAGAAAAGCUCUUUCUUCUAUGCCCAGUAUUGCUACCUUAUAGGUGAAAAAAGGUAUCACAGUGGAGAUGCCAUCACCUUUGAAAAAUCUACUAAUUAUAACAGCAUUAUCCAACAGGAAGCAACAUGUGAAGAUCAUUCACCGAUGAAGAGAGACCCAGUUGGAUCCCCUUUGUCUGAAUUCAGGAGAUGUCCAUUUUUGGAGCAAGAGCUAGCAAAGAAAUACUCUUGUAAUGUGAUGGCCUUCCUUGCUGAUGAAUACUGCAACUAUUGUCGAGACAUUUUACGAAACGUGAGGAACCAAGAACUUGAGAGGGUGGAGGACUUGCUUACUUCCUUCUGGAAGUCUCUGCAGCAAGACACAGUCAUGCUGAUGUCAUUGCCUGACGUGUGCCAGCUCUUUAAAUGUUACGACGUCCAGCUGUACAAGGGAAUUGAGGAUGUUCUCCUUCAUGACUUCUUGGAAGAUGUUUCUAUUCAGUACCUGAAAUCUGUGCGGUUAUUUAGUAAGAAAUUUAAGCUGUGGCUUCUUAAUGCUCUGGAAGGUUUUCCAGCCCUCUUGCAGAUCUCCAAACUCAAAGAAGUUACUCUAUUUGUCAAAAGACUAAGAAGAAAGACGUACCUUUCCAACAUGGCUAAGACUAUGAGAACGGUAUUGAAAAGUAAGAGGCGUGUCGGCGUUUUGAAGUCAGAUGUGCAGGCCAUCAUCAAUCAAGCCACUUUGGCUACUUCUAAGAAAGCCCUGGCAAGUGACCGGAGUGACGCAGAUGAACUGGAGAACAACCCAGAGAUGAAAUGUUUAAGAAACUUAGUUUCUUUGCUGGGAACAUCAACAGAUCUCAGUGUAUUCCUCAGCUGUCUGUCUUCACAUCUCCAAGCAUUUGUGUUCCAGCCCAGCAGAAGCAAAGAAGAGUUUAUCAAAUUGGCCGCCGGCUUCCAGCUGAGAUGGAACCUUCUUCUCACUGCCGUGAGCAAAGCCAUGACCCUCUGCCACAGAGACAGUUUUGGCUCCUGGCAUCUGUUUCACUUACUGCUUUUGGAAUAUGUGAUUCAUACACUUCAGUCAUGCCUAGAGGAGGAAGAGGAGGAAGAGGACAUGGGGAAUGUCAAGGAGAUGCUACCAGAUGACCCGACUCUUGGCCAGCCAGACCAGGCACUUUUCCACCCUCUGAAUUCCUCACGGCCCCAGACGUGUGCUGGCCCCAGCGUGGAGUCACUGGGGGUGACACCGACACACAUGGGCCAGGGCCGAUAUCCUGUGGGUGUGAGCAACAUGGUCCUCAGGAUCCUGGGCUUCCUGGUGGACACUGCCACGGGCAAUAAGCUCAUCCAAGUGCUGGUGGAAGAUGAAACCACCGAAAGUGCAGUUAAACUCAGCCUUCCUAUGGGACAAGAAGCCCUCAUAACCCUAAAAGAUGGACAACAAUUUGUGAUUCAGAUAUCAGAUGUAUCCCAAAGCUCUGAAGACAUUUAUUUCAGAGAAAGCGAUGCUAAUGUGUGAGAUUAUUUAUUUGUAUAGAGAAUAAGAAAACUGAUAGACUUGCAUUCUUAAAAAUAUUAAAUACUAGAGUUUUUCUAUUGACGGAAGACGAUGUUAUGUAUAUAAUAGAUGUAGCAUUGUCUAUGUUUAUGUAUUUCUAAGGAGGUGGUUUUGAUACAAUAUAUAAACUGAUUUGGAGAAU